AUGAUCUUCAUAGAACCGGAGACAGAGACAUCAUUGCAGUGCCCUUUCCAGCCCUUUCAAUCCUACAUUUUCAGUGAGACACCACCAGUCGUAUACGUGGCAUCCUUUGUCAGCGACGAGGAGGCCCAGCAUCUGAUUCAGAACAGCCAGCAAAUGUUCACUCCUGCCUACGUCUACGGAUCAGGUAACACGCAGAUCGACACUACUUCCAGGAAAUCUCACACAGCCAUUCCUGAGAGAGAUCAUGUUGUUCGUUGCAUCGAGCAACGAGCGCGUGUUAAUCAACAUUGGGAACCCGGUAUGACGGUUGAAGCCCUAUCAAUGCAGCGAUACCAGGAGAAUGGAUUCUUCAGGCAUCACUAUGAUUCUUUCGGAGAAGGAUUCAAAAAAGAUCGGAAGAGUACCCUGAAUGUGUUCUUGCACGCCAACUGCACUGGAGGUGGAACACAUUUCCCCUACUUGCGUAUACCGGAAGAUAAGCGCUGGUGUCAAUACAUCGACUGUGAAUCCGAUCAGGAAGGGGUCACUUUCAAGCCGAUUGCUGGCAAUGCUUUGUUCUGGGAGAACAUCCAAGCUGAUGGGACAGUGUGGCCAGAGACGCUCCAUGCUGGUAUGCCAGUUUUGUCUGGGACGAAGAUCGGAUUGAAUAUUUGGACGUGGACGAAGGAUCGUGUAAUGUGA